UAGAGUCCUCCUGUCCUGCACAAAGGUUUAAAAGAUGGAUUCUGGCAACUCUUAACAGCUGAGUUCAGAGCUGCUCAAAGCUGGAACAUGGGUCCUGUGCUUAGGGGGGUUUUGCAGUGCCUGCUGCUGCUGUUCCCCUCUACAGCUCUACCUAGAAUAGGAAGCUUUGGGGAAGGCCUUUCACCUGCUGAACUGCAGAGUAUUGUUUCAAGAGAGUUAGGACUUGGAGAGGAGGAAAAUAUGAGUAGUCAUGCGGGAGCAGGAAACUUUCUAGUCUCAAAGGGCAGAGCCACAGUUGCGACUCACCUGCUCUUGAAGGCUGGUGACCCAAGAGGGGAUUCCAAAGUAGUAAAACACAACCAGCUCGUUACUGAAGAUCAAGGAGUCUUCUCCUAUCUGCAGCGUAAUGCCAGCCUUCACCCAUGGCUUUUGGGUGGGCUAGAAGGCCCAGUGUGCAGGCUGAAAAUGGACAGGAAGGAUGGCCUGGGCCAGAGCCACUUGGAAGUCAUGGGUGUCCUUACCAGCUAUGAAAGUGACUUCAUCAAGUUGGUGAGACAAGCUGGCUGGGAAGAAGCCCCUCCGGAGACAUUUGGUCUCUGCUCUGCAGGGGACACAUCUGCUGCACUCCUGUCUCUGAAACGCAUCAGUGCUCAUUUGAGUGAGCCAGGAGAGAGCCAGUUCCUUGUCCUGCACCUGGAGGAAGUGACGUGGGGCACUGAGACACAGCUCAGGUUUAAGCUGCCUUUUCGAGAGGACAUGGGCUGGUCGCUCGGACAGCUGCAGUUUGCUGUGCUGGUCUUUUAUCCUGGACGCAGAGAAAGAGAAGGCAUCAAGGCCAGAGAGAUGCUCCAGGCAGAAGGCAAAGGGCUGGACCAGAAGCAGACUCUCUGCCUCUCCAGGGACACCCGGUACCUGGUCCUUGGGGCCUUGGUGACAUCUGUGACCCACACGCACAGGCAGUUUGGUUUUGAAGUCGCCUUGGUGGUCAAGCAUCCCGGUGAUGGAGGCUCCUCCCUACCCCCAGCAGAAGUCCAGCAGCUGCUCUUCGGCUCUGACGAGAAGUGCUUCACCAGGAUGACCCCGGUCGUGCUCCUGCUGGCAAAGCCGCGACGCGAGGAGGAUGGCCUGCACCCCUCUCGCUUCCUGUCGGUGGCUGGGGUGGUAGAGACGGUCCCCUACCCCCAGCCCAGCUCGGCCCCAGCCGGCAGGGCUGAGGAGCCUGAUUCAGCCGCUGGCCAGGCCCGUACUUCAACGCUGGCGCCUGGCGGCACCGACCAGUUCCUGGGCAGCCUCACCAGGUUCGUCAGUAGGAUCCUGGGCUCUUCGGGGGAGCCACUGCCUGCCUCGAGGGUCCACCACUGGCUGGACGUCGAGACAGCAGAGUCGCUUCCUCACCAGCAGCUCAACCUCUCUGAGGAGGCAACCCUGGAGCGGCUGGUGCGGUCGGAGGAGCCCUUGCUGCUGCUGUUCCCCCACAACAGCCAGGCGCUGCUGGAGCACCACUUCAGGCACUGGCGGCUGGAAGGCAGGGUGCUGCAGCUGCUGCUGGAGAAGCUCCAGGCCGUGAUCCAGGACCUGAGGGAGAUCCCUGCUUUCCAAGCCAACGCCGGCCUCUUCCAGCACCUUCUGGCUUUCUGCUAUUACCCGCCGGGGCCAGGCAGCAGUGGCUCCCUGGUGACGCCCCUGCCGGAGGAGCUCCGCGGGCCCCGGCAGCUGCACACCUUGCUGCUGCUCAAGGCCCUGCAGACGGUGCGCGCCCACUGGCGGGAGCGCCGGCAGGUGCUGUGGCAGAACCGCAGCGCGCGGCACCAGGCCUCGUGCCGGCUACGGGAGCUGACCGUGGACAUCAGCCACUACAAGUUCGUUGCCGUGCCGGACAUGUACGUCGCCAACAACUGCGAGGGGCCCUGCCGCCUGCCCCUUUCCACCCGCGCCGUCUACUACCCGCACACGGUGCUGCUGCUGGACAUGCAGGAGCGAGGCGUGCCCCUGCAGCGCGGCCCCUGCUGCGUGCCCGUCCAGUACUCCGACCAGACCAUCAUCACGCUCAGCGAGGAGGGGCCCCAGGUGAAGAUGUUCCACAAUAUGGUGGCAAAGGCGUGUGGCUGUCGGUAGGGAGGUUCGGCUUGUCCUGUCUCUGCCCUACGUCCCUUUGGCUGCGUGGCCCAGAGGCUCCCUCCAGGGACACCGGUUCUCUCCCCCCCCAACCCUUCCUCACACUAUUGGCUUGUUAGUACCACUCUGGACCGGGGAGGGACUUGGUCCCAUCGCUCUCUAGGAA